AUGGAUAGGCCCUCUUAUCAGCAUGUUCCGUCGCCUACAGGCUGGAACGAUCUUCCUCCAGCUUUAAGCUCCACCAAUCGUCCGAAACAAAAGCGAAAAAGAUAUGUCACCCCUAACCAUUUAGACCAAGUCGACGUCUCUACAGUGAACCAGCAUAUAGAACAAAUUGUCACAAAGAAAGAUAUUCAAGACCAAGAAGUACUGAAGAGUCUGCAAUCGUUGAUCGAGCGCUUGGGUCAGCUGACCCCUCAUGAACUUCAAAUUGUGGAUAAACUGUGCCUAGACGUCAUAGAAGGAAGAGAAAUAUCCAAAAAGGAAGUUGACCAGCCGUGGUACAAAGAACUGAUAGCUGUUGUGGAAUAUUCCAACAGAUGA